UCACCAUUUACCAACAUAAAAGAGCUCUCUUCUUGCUUUGAUUGCUAGCCAUGGUGACUGCUCUCGUCAACAUACUACUCCUUCUUCUUCCGGUCUGCCUCAUCGCUCUUCAACUAGCCCAGUGCCAUAAUGAUAUCUUGCUAAUCCAGGACGUGGCCGACGUUCCCCUCUCCGACGACCCUUCUCCUCAAUCAAUUGAUUGUGGAGAAGCAUGCAAGGGGAGAUGCCGGCUGUCGUCGAGGCCCAACCUGUGCAAGAGAGCGUGCGGGACUUGCUGCGAGCGCUGCCACUGCGUCCCGCCGGGAACCUCCGGCAACUACGACACUUGUCCCUGCUACGCUAACAUGACCACUCGUGGCGGAAAACACAAGUGCCCUUAAUUAAGAGAUCGUCGUCGGGAAAAAGAAGAAUCAAGUACGGCGUCGUCAAGUCCUCCUUCUAAUUAUGAUUAGCGAUGCAAAUUAUUAGUGAAGAAAUAAUUGUAGCCCGGAUUGCAAAGUGAAGAAAUUAUUCGUUAGCUUUGGUCUAUGCAUGCCGUGUAAUAUGUGAAUGCUCUUAUUUAUUUGUGUUGCGAGCUAUGCCAUGCAGCUUUACUCCAUCCAUUGGCGAGGCAGAGCCGCAGAGUUAUAAGAAUUGGGUUCCCAUUACGACAGACAGGCUACAGGCCCAUAGGUUCCCGACCACUGAACCAAUUUGUAGCUGCAGUCCUCGUGCACCAAUCCAGACAUACCACAACAUAGAGGGUAAUUUACGGCUAUUUGGUUCAGACUGUUUGGGGUUACUUGAAAUCGGAUCAUAUAACUGGGACCGGACCGGAUCGAAAUCGAAUGGCAACGGUUACCUUUGUAUUUUCAUCCACCGGUGAAGGUGAUUUUUGCUUGGUGCUCAGGUUAUGGAAGCUUUCUUCAUCGUCUACUGCUUCUAAUAUAUCGUCUACAGAAACCUGAACUGCAUUUGACUCCCUACAGGCAUCCAACGACCAUUUUGAGCUGGUCGUGAAGUUUUCGCCGGCACGGAGUUUGGCGUUUGCGCCGGUAACGAUGGGUGAGGAGGAAGAGCGGCGGUGGCGAGGAGUGUGGGAGUGCGUGGGGAUAUUACUACUAGGUUCAGCUGACAACUUUGGGGAUUUCUAUCUGAUGCGAAGGGACGAACGGUUCAUCGGGCUGGAGAUUUUAGGAGAGUAAAGAGAUGUUUUUGGCAAAGGUAGGGUACACGGUAGGGUAGACGAAGGCAAUGAGGAGGUUUGAGUCGGCAACCGAUUAGAUUGAUUAGGUUUGGUUAUUAAUUUUUUAUUAAUAUUUUAAGUGACGUGGCAGGCUGAUUGGACAAAAGUAACAAUUUUUUGGAUGGAGAUGGACGAAAUGACAUUUUCGUUAUUCGUCCAAACAUUUAUUAUUGAAACGUGCAAAAUUAAAGGUUUGUAAUAAUUUUGUACUAAGUGCAUAGUUUUGUGACCUUACGGCUAAUUACCCCAACAUAGAUUCCUGGUUCUGUCACUUUUUUUUGUGCCAUUAAGUCACUCAAUUUAGAGGAACAACAUGUACAUAGUUAUCGAGAGCACAACCAACGAGUAAAGUCGAACACGUGAGGCAACACUAAUAGGACAUGACGAGCUACCAAGUGAGCCGCCCUAUUUUGAACACUACCAACAAAUCGAAUAUGAAAAUCAACUUGAGAAUGCAACAAAUGUCCAAUCUCGAUCAAAAUGGCACCCAUCCUUGCAUCUUGGAGAACCCCAUUAUUGCAAUGAUCAAUAAGGAUCUUCGCCAUCUACAAGGAACAAACCCAUACUCCAUUGCUGCUGACAACAAAACUCUUCAACAGCCAAUUGGGCCCGCCUAUUCAGCUCUUAGGUAAGGCCCUGCAAGAUGAUAGAAUAGUAGGCCCACUCAUGGAUUGCUGCGUGGCCCAAUUCCAGUUCUACACGUAACCUACAGCCCCCUUCCCCUACUACUAACAAAUCAAAUCAGCCCUUGCAGCAGCAAAUGUUCUUCUACUGCGGCGGGCCCUGCUUGUCUGCCUUCCUUUCAUUUCAAGACUGUAGCAAUGCAAAGCCCAGAAUGAAUGACUGAAUCUUCU